UAAAAAUAGAAAAAUCGAUUUACGCCUAGUGUUAAGAUCUAGCACACUGUAUGGCAUGUAAUGUUUAAGGACAUUUAACGAACGAUUUGGAAUUUUUUGAAUACCAAGUGUAUUUGGUAAAUAAUACAUCGUAAUGUUGUCGGAGUCGGCACUAUACCCGGCUGCACCAGUUAUUGCGCAACCCGGAAGCACUCUUAGUCCGGCUCCUGGUUCCGUUCCGGAAAAUGGGGUUUCAGUUCGUUUGUUGCAAGACACGCCAGCUGACGCGGAGUUCGCCGGCAGAUUAAACGUCGAAGGUUUUCGCGGUAAAUUUGCGCAUAAUAUAACAGAAAGAAAACUGCCAAUAGCUGUAAAACACAUGACAGCACAACACAGGGGCCAAAACCCGGCGUUUUACAACCGGACUUUCGUAGCUGAACUUUAUGGAACACCUGUCGGUUUACUGCAGUUGAAAUUCAAGGGUGACAAGGAAAUAGAAAAAGAUGACCAUAUCUCGGAACUUGGAUGCUGGCAUGGUUGUAGGUAUUGUUGCUUUGGAUCGAUUAUGGAUGAACCUGUGAAUGAUCGUCUCAAAUGUUAUUUGGAUCAUAUAUGUGUAGACGAAAUGGCUCGAGGGAAAGGUGUCGGUAAGGUUUUGAUGCAGAGGGCAGAAUACGAAGCGAGGUUGAGAAAUUGUACCUCAAUAUAUUUGUGGGUUUUAACUACAAAUCGAGCAAUCUCGCUAUAUGAACGGCAAGGUUACCAUGAAACUAGCAGCACGAGUAUGUGCGGAUGUCUUGGAUGUUUAAUAGGCCAACCUGGGAAAGUUAAAGAAAUGACCAAAAUGCUCUGAAAGAUGCAAGUCACCUCAAUUCCACGUACUGUCAAGACACAAGUGUUUGAGCCGUCAUGCCAUUUAUUUUGCUGACAAUAUAGUCUAUCAUUGAUUGCUAUUCAAAUGUAUAUAUAUACAACUUUAUAUAUAUUCAUAUAUUUUGUCGUUAUACAAAUUUUACAGUCUGUCUUUUUGCAAUAUGUCAUCGUUAUGUUUAAGUAGAAGUUUUG